AGAAGGUACCUAGUAGGUCCGUGUUAUCCCCAAUUAUUUAAUCAUGUGAGGGAUUGAAGAAGCUUUUGUUUAAUCAACAACAUGCAACCUGAUGUUCUUUGGAGGUAGAUACCGAGGCUGCUAACGGGAGGAAUGCAGAGAGGAGGUCAUUUCCCCCGGAAUGGGGAGGUGGGAGGCAACGGCCCCCGCAGUGUUGUUAGCUAGCUAGCGAAACAGAAGAACUACUGGAUGGUAUUUUCAAAAUAAGACAAACUCCGACGAGAACAGGAUUUACUUGGAUGACAUUCUGGGCUUGAAACAUGUAUUCAUACAUGUAAAACUCUUAUAAACAAAUACAUGACAUGUGUAUGAGUAUGCUGCAACGCGUCGUGGUAUUUGUUCUUAAAAUAAGCGUGAUCGGAAAACGUACCGCUUUUAUUUUGAAGUGGACUUUGCCGUAUUCCUAGCCCAACGGUUGUUAGCUUCUGCUAGCUUGACACAAACAAGAAGGAGUGAAGUUACAAAGCCUUGGACCAAAACAAGACUUUACAUCCUGUCGCUUUGGAAUGAAUGGGACAUACUUUGCCUCACUGAUUGUUAUUCGGAUAAAAUGCCUUUUAAACCGGAGGGAUUGUGGAUUAUCUGAAAUCGGAGCCCCAGGGGAAAAUACGGUUUGCUGUGGAAGAUGAACAUGAACUGUCCAACUUUGACAGACAAGAAGAAGCUCUUGUAGCUGGAGGAGGACAGCCUGCCUAACUUUUCCUCCUCCUCCUCCUGGGAUCAAUGACCGGACCCAACUCCCCGAGCCGGGCCGGCACCUCUCCAGCCAAGCUGAGCAGGCAUGGCCGCUCAAAACUCCAGCUCUCACUGCCUGCUCCGAUGCAGCACCCAGGUGGACCCCUCCGCCUCUCCCCCCAAUAACAGCUCCCGGUCCCCUGGGGAGGAAGAGGAGAAGGAUGGAGGGGUUCUUUUCUACGUGAACAGGACUGGUUUCCCCAUUGAGAGUGUAACCUGGGAGAGGAUGUGGUCCCAUGUGGCCGCGGUGCACCCUGAGGGCCACGAGAUGGUGGACAGGAUACAAA